UACAGGCAAACAUUGGGGAAGACGAAUGUGUCUGAACGACUUUGUUCUCUAUUAAUAGACCGGGAGGCAUUUUGUGCUUGUUCAUGCUGCACUGUAUGAGUGUUAGAUGUACGGUAGCCGUGUGUUAAAGCAGAUGAGUGUAGAGUAAAGGGGUGGGGGGAUUUUCGGGGAGAAAGCGUCGUUUGGGUCAAGAUGUCGAUUCAGUACGGAGAAUCGCUGGCGGAUAGCUACGGGGUGGCCGACUCGUUCCCUAAAGAUUUCGGUUAUGGAGAAGAGGAGGCAGACAUGGAGGACAGUCCAGCACCCUCCGACAGCAAACCGAGAAUACUACUAAUGGGCUUGCGAAGGAGCGGGAAGUCCUCCAUUCAGAAGGUUGUGUUCCAUAAGAUGUCCCCAAAUGAAACCCUGUUUCUAGAGAGCACAAAUAAAAUCUACAAGGAUGACAUCUCCAGCAGCUCUUUUGUCAACUUUCAGAUCUGGGACUUUCCUGGUCAAGUGGACUUUUUUGACCCGACUUUUGAUUAUGAGAUGAUCUUUAGAGGAACCGGAGCAUUGAUAUUUGUCAUUGAUGCACAGGAUGACUAUGUGGAAGCUCUUACUAGACUCCACUUAACGGUAUCUCGGGCCUACCGCGUCAACCCUGAAAUCAACUUUGAAGUGUUCAUCCAUAAAGUUGACGGCCUAUCUGACGACCAUAAAAUUGAGACACAGAGGGAUAUUCACCAGAGGGCUAAUGAUGACCUGGCUGAUGCCAGCUUGGAGAAACUGCAUCUUAGCUUCUAUUUGACGAGUAUCUACGAUCACUCUAUAUUUGAAGCGUUCAGUAAAGUGGUUCAGAAGCUCAUCCCUCAGCUACCCACCCUGGAGAAUCUUCUCAAUAUUUUUAUUUCUAAUUCAGGGAUUGAAAAGGCUUUCUUGUUUGACGUGGUUAGUAAGAUCUACAUCGCUACAGACAGUUCACCAGUGGACAUGCAGUCCUAUGAGCUGUGCUGUGAUAUGAUUGACGUGGUCAUUGACGUAUCUUGCAUAUAUGGGUUAAAGGAAGAUGGCAGUGGCAGUGCGUAUGACAAGGAGUCAAUGGCGAUCAUUAAACUCAAUAACACCACCGUUCUCUACCUGAAAGAAGUCACCAAGUUUCUUGCCCUUGUCUGUAUUCUUAGAGAAGAGAGCUUUGAGCGAAAAGGCUUAAUAGACUACAAUUUCCACUGUUUUCGGAAAGCGAUUCAUGAAGUAUUUGAGGUUGGUCUGUCCACACCGAGGAUGAGAGCCCAGGCAGCUGGAACGCCCUGCAUGAUGAAGACAGUGACACUGAAUGGCACCCCCAGGAGCACCGUGUAAAGAAUGCAUAGAUGAGAGAAGGACACGAAUAGAGGAAGAGGGAGUCAGUGGAAAAAGCCAGAAAGACAAUAAAUGGGAGGCGCACUGCCAUGCCAACCAUUUUGCCUGCUCCCUAAUGCCUUAUACACAGUGCAAAGGACUCUAAAGCCUCUGAAAGAAAAGACAGAGCAAUGGGGUGGACGGUUACAACAUAACGGGGUAAGCAAUAGGAUAGAAGGGAAGCUGCACAAAGAGAAACCCCUUUUUGUGUUAUUUAAUGGCAUUAACAAACUGGUUUAAAAAAAAUAAUACUAGACCGCAAUCAAAUGACGAGUAAUGCAAGCCGAGGGGAACGCAGUGUGGUCCUCUCUGCGAAAAGCCUUCACACACUGACCGCUACCUGAGCAACAGAAGCUGAUUGAACCCUGUACUGUUCUACUCCUGGCCUCAUGUGCUGAUUCUAAAAAGCAUUUGGUUUAAUCCAACAGCAGAAAAUGUGAUGGUACUUGCUUUUGGGUGCUGAUCUGAGAGCCAAGCUGGCUGAGUGUCCACAAGAAUGCUUGUGAAGCCUUAUAUAGAGGAGACUUGCCUGAUGCAAGUACCUGCUUACAAUAUUAACCUAAUCCUAUUUCCUAAGCUGUUGCUUUUUUUUAAAGGUUUUCCAGGGAGUGUGAAAAGGGAUUAAAAUACAUUGUGUAGCCUUUCUGUGUAUAAAAAGGUGUGUGCGCGUGUGUAUUUAUGUACAUGCGUACCUUUCCUGCCUAAUGAGGCUCAUGGAUAUGUUGUGACCUCACACACAGGGCUGGACAGUGGUAACAAAAUAAUUGUAUUUUUAAAAAUUAAUAAUUAAUUGAAAUAAAUAAUUAUUAUUGUCUUCAGAGAAACCCUGAUGCUUUAUUAAAGGAAAAAUUUUAAAGUAGAAAAUGAUGGAACAUUCACAAAGCCCUCAUUAAUUGUGUAGUGCUGUUUAUAAACCUUAGGGUUUAUCAGCCAGCUGCAUUAUAAUCAUAAGUGGAGUCAGUCUUUUGCAUUGAAAUGACUAAAGUCCAAAGCUGUUGUUUCUGCUAUUUAGCGGUUUAGCUGUGCAGCCCUUCCUUCUCACACAAAAUGUUACAAAACAGGGAAAUAAUUGUACAGUUAUGCGGUAGGACACUGUGAUUGCGCUCACUUUUUGUUUGGUUGCUUGGCCUCGGAGACUCUGCACAUCUCCACACACGGUGGUUUGAGUCAAAGUGAACUACAUUCCAAUUGUGUGGCGCCAGUAUCUUCUAUCACUGACCUUCACUUCUAUCACUGACUUUCACUGUUUUAUUUGGUGUAAAAAUAAAUCAUAAGGGUAAACAUUGUAGCUGAUGUGAUACCAUGCUCAUUCCACACGUCUGCUUAAUCCAUGUAACAUUUUUAUGUUGAGUUGUAAGGGGAUGUGCACUAACCCAGUAAAAGCGAAAUCAAAGAUGGAACAACCAAAUCUCUCAUUCUAACUUUACUAGAGUAUUUCUAGAUCUCUUACAAUUCUUGCUUUUUAGACUGCAUAUGAGAUUAUAUCUGGCUUAUGUUGUGCUAGAAAUGUUACCAUUCACAAAAAAUAAAACAUGCACUGAAAUCA